AGUAGAAUCAGUGGAGGGCUCGGGGCGUGUAGGCAGCACGUCUUUGGUCUGGCAAAACAUCAAUUCAAAUCACAACACUUGGUGUCAGCUGUGAACCUGUGAAGUUUACACAGCUACUCAGCACCUUAAGAUACAGACCAGUCGAAAUACCAAGACAUUUGCCCCAAACGCAACAAUUUCAGAAUCUUUCUGCACUGCUACGUCUUUAAAGGUUGUUAGAGGGUAGGGAGCUGAUUGAGGAAGCCGGGGUUGAGAGUACUAAGCGCGGUAUAGUUGUGGAAGAAGGACUCGCUGAUCAGCGCGUAGAUGGAGAUCUGCAGCUAAAAUUGCAUCGGACAGGUUUUUACAGAUUACGAAAAGACAAAGGGGAAAUGUGUAUGUAGCGGAGAUGCUGGAUAGUUUUCAGAACGUUUUCGUUUUUUCACAGAUCUUAACUGCAAUUUUGGAGUAUUGGUGAAUUCGGAUUCCCGUAUACACACCAUCUGCAGUGCCAAUGCGGCUGCAGUGAAGUGGGAAAAAUCAGCAAUUACAGGUCUACAAUGCUUACAAGUGGAAGAACAACCUUGGGUCAAGAUUGGUUAAAACUGUUGGACUGAGAAUUCAUCCUGGGAAAAGAAAUUGUAUUGAAAUUGUAGAAAUGGCAUCUGUUCUGUGGAAAUUGACUUGUUUGACAUUUUACUUCAUGCCAGUUCUAACAACUGUAUCUGCCUCUAGGCAACCUGUGCACAUCAACAAGGAAUUCAGCACUUUCCAUUCUGAAUGGACUUUCAACCACUUGGCUGUGGACGUAAGAAAUGGGAAUGUUUACCUGGGUGCUGUAAAUAUAAUCUACAAACUUUCAGGUGACUUGAAAGUCCAGGCAACCCACGAAACUGGACCAGAUGAUGACAACCCUAAGUGUUAUCCUCCAAAGGUGGUCCAGCCUUGCAAUGAGCCACUAACCAUAACCAACAACAUUAACAAAAUGCUGUUGAUAGAUUACAAAGAAAAUAGGUUGCUGGCGUGUGGUGGUCUUUACCAGGGGAUCUGCAAGCUGCUAAGACUAGAAGACCUCUUCAAGCUUGGGGAGCCAUCCCAUAAGAAGGAGCACUACCUGUCUGGGGUGAAUGACAGUGCCUCAGUGUUUGGGGUAAUUGUCUCCUACAGGGACUCCGAUGAUAAGCUUUUUAUUGCCACUGCUGUUGAUGGUAAGCCAGAGUAUUUCCCUACUAUAUCCAGUAGGAAAUUAACCAGGAACUCUGAAGCUGAUGGGAUGUUUGCCUAUGUGUUUCAUGAUGAGUUUGUGGCUUCCAUGAUCAAAAUCCCUUCAGAUACUUUUACUAUUAUUCCAGACUUUGACAUAUAUUACAUCUAUGGUUUCAACAGUGGAAACUUUGUUUACUUCUUGACUCUGCAGCCGGAAAUGACGAGUCCUACUGGUUCCACCACCAAGGAGCAGGUCUACACAUCCAAACUGGUUCGACUCUGCAAAGAGGACACAGCAUUUAAUUCAUAUGUUGAGGUUCCUAUUGGCUGUGAGAAGAAUGGAAUUGAAUACCGGUUACUUCAGGCCGCCUACUUGUCUAAAGCUGGUGCUAUUUUAGCCAGGUCACUGGGCAUCAGUCCUGAUGAUGAUGUCCUAUACACCAUUUUCUCCAAAGGGCAGAAACGGAGGAUCAAGUCUCCUGAGGAAUCUGCCCUGUGUGUCUUUGUUCUAAAAAACAUUAAUGACCGAAUUAAGGAUAGACUUCAGUCUUGCUACAAGGGAGAAGGAACUUUGGAUUUGGCCUGGCUUAAAGUCAAGGAUAUUCCUUGUAGCAGUGCACUUUUAACUAUCGAUGACAAUUUCUGUGGGUUGGAUAUGAAUGCACCUCUGGGAGUUUCUGAGUUGGUGAGGGGGAUUCCUGUCUUCACGGAGGAUUCGGACAGAAUGACUUCAGUCAUUGCAUAUGUCUACAAGAAUCACUCGCUAGCCUUCAUAGGAACCAAAGGUGGCAAGGUGAAAAAGAUCAGAGUUGAUGGGCCUUCCCAGGGUACCCUGCAGUACGAGACCGUUCAAGUGGUGGAAAAUGGUCCAAUUUUGCGGGAUAUGGCCUUUUCAGCGGAUCAGCAAUACCUGUAUCUCAUGUCUGAAAAGCAGCUGACCCGUGUGCCGGUGGAGUCAUGUGGACAGUACACAACCUGCAGCGAGUGUCUUGGCUCUGGGGACCCUCAUUGCGGAUGGUGUGUUCUUCACAAUACAUGUACUAGAAAAGAGAACUGCGAGCGCUCCAUGGAACCCCGAAGAUUUACAUCCAAUAUCAAGCAAUGCGUCCGGCUGAGUGUUCACCCAAAUAAUAUUUCUGUGUCACAGUACAGUGUGUUGCUAAUCUUGGAGGCCCACAAUGUUCCUGAGCUCUCAGCAGGUGUAAACUGUACUUUUGAAGACUUGGCGGAGAUGGAUGGUCUGGUGGUAGGAAAUCGCAUUACGUGUAUUUCACCAGCAGAGAAAGAAGUUCCUCGAAUCAUUACAGACAAAGGAGAUCAUCAGAUUGUUCAGCUGUACCUGAAGUCCAAGGAAACUGGGCUGGCAUUUGCCAACACAAGUUUUGUCUUCUACAACUGUAGUGUUCAUAAUUCGUGCCUGUCUUGUGUUAACAGCCCCUAUCAGUGCCUCUGGUGUAAAUACCGGCAUCUGUGCACCCAUGACCCACGUGCUUGCUCUUUUCAGGAGGGGAGGGUCAAGCAGUCAGAGGAAUGCCCACAGCUGCUUCCUGCAGAUAAGAUCCUUGUCCCUGUUGAAGUGGUGAAGCCUGUCACCCUGAGAGCUAAGAAUCUACCCCAGCCUCAGUCUGGUCAGCGAGGGUACGAAUGUGUCCUCAACAUCCAGGGAGUGGAGAAGAGGGUCCCUGCCUUACGCUUCAAUAGCUCCAGUGUCCAAUGCCAGAACACCUCUUACUUAUAUGAAGGAAUGGAGAUCAGCAGCCUCCCAGUAGAUCUGAUGGUUGUGUGGAAUGGUGACUUCAGCAUCGACAAUCCAGCAAAUAACAAAGUUCACCUGUACAAAUGCGGGGCUAUGCGGGAGAGUUGUGGCAUGUGUCUGAAGGCAGAUCCCCAUUUUGGCUGUGGAUGGUGCAAAGGGGAGGACAGAUGUACAUUGAAACAGCACUGCCUUCUGCCAGAGUGGCUGGUGUACUCUGGGAUGAACAGCAAGUGCACAAAUCCAAAAAUAACAGAAAUAACUCCACUAACAGGUCCCAGGGAAGGUGGCACACGGGUGACAAUACGUGGAGAGAAUCUUGGCCUAGAGUUCAAGGAAAUUGUGGCGCACGUCAAGGUGGCUGAAGUGGAGUGUACCCCAGUGCCAGAGGGAUAUAUACCAGCAGAACAGAUUGUGUGUGAAAUGGGACGAGCUGAGCACAGCCAGUAUGCUGGAUAUGUGGAAGUCUGUGUGGGAGAGUGCCGGCCCGAGUUCAUGGCAAGAUCCUACCACUUAUAUUACUUUGUGGUGCCGAACCUGUUGGAGCUGAAGCCUAGUCGAGGCCCUGUGUCUGGGGGCACCACUGUAACCAUCACUGGAAGUAACCUUGACGCCGGAAGCAAUGUCUCCAUCACGUUCAAAGAUCAGAUGUGUGUUUAUCACAGGAGAGCAGCUAAAGCGAUAGUGUGCAAGUCCUUGGCCUCUCAGCAUGGGUACGGGAACGUCACUGUGUCAGUCAGGGUGGACCGGGCCAGGAUCCAAAAAGAGCUGCAGUAUGAAUUUGUGGAGGAUCCCACAAUCUCCAAACUGGAGCCAGAGUGGAGUAUUAUCAGUGGUAGUACACCUGUAACAGUGUCAGGAACCAAUCUGGACAUCAUUCAAAACCCUCUAAUCCGAGCCAAGUACAACGGAGUGGAGACUCUCAAUACCUGUGAAGUACUCGACCCCUCCACAAUGAUCUGCCAAGCGCCAGAAUUAGCAGUGAGUUCAAACCAUCAGUCUGAUAUCGUAGAGCGUCCAGAUGAGUUUGGGUUCAUUCUAGACAACGUACAGACACUGCUGGUAUUUAACAACACAAACUUCAUUUACUACCCAAACCCCACGUUUGAACAUCUGAGUCCCUCCGGAGUACUGGAAUUAAAACCUGGCUCGCCCAUCAUACUAAAGGGUCGGAACUUGCUCCCUCCUGCACCUGGUGGGAAUGCCAGACUGAAUUACACUGUGCUGAUUGGAGAGAAGCCCUGCACUUUAACAGUGUCUGAGACCCAGUUAUUGUGUGAAUCACCCAAUCUUACUGGGAGGCACAAAGUACUGGUACGUGUUGGUGGGGUGGAGUUCUCCCCUGGCGUAGUGCACAUCGCCUCAGACAGCCCGCUCAGCCACACAGCUAUCGUCAGCAUUGCAGGGGCAGGCGGCCUGCUCAUCAUCUUCAUUGUGGUGGUGCUCAUCGCCUACAAGCGCAAGUCCAGAGAGAGCGACCUCACCCUCAAGCGGCUGCAAAUGCAGAUGGACAACCUGGAGUCCAGAGUGGCUUUGGAGUGUAAAGAAGCGUUUGCAGAGUUACAGACUGACAUUCAUGAACUGACCAGUCAUUUGGACGGAGCUGGAAUCCCAUUCCUCGACUACCGGACCUACACAAUGAGGGUCCUCUUCCCUGGGAUUGAAGAGCAUCCUGUACUGAGAGAUCUAGAGGUUCCUGGAUACAGACAGGAGCAGGUGGAAAAGGGAUUGAAACUGUUCGGCCAGCUCAUCAACAACAAGGUGUUUCUCUUGUCAUUUAUCCGCACCCUGGAGUCCCAGCGCAGUUUCUCCAUGCGGGAUCGGGGGAACGUCGCCUCGCUGAUCAUGACAGUUCUGCAGAGUAAACUGGAGUACGCCACAGAUGUGCUGAAGCAGCUGCUGUCAGACCUCAUCGACAAGAACCUGGAGAGUAAAAACCAUCCCAAACUGCUUCUGAGGAGGACUGAAUCUGUUGCCGAGAAGAUGCUGACCAACUGGUUUACCUUCCUGUUGUACAAGUUCCUCAAGGAAUGUGCAGGAGAGCCUCUCUUCUCUUUGUUCUGCGCAAUCAAACAGCAGAUGGAGAAGGGACCCAUUGACUCUAUCACCGGCGAGGCUCGCUAUUCACUCAGUGAAGACAAGCUCAUCAGACAGCAAAUAGACUACAAGACACUUCUUGUGAACUGCAUAAACCCUGAUAAUGAGAAAAGUCCUGAGAUUCCAGUGAAAAUCCUGAACUGUGACACCAUCACCCAGGUCAAGGAGAAGAUUCUCGAUGCAAUAUACAAGAAUGUGCCCUAUUCCCACCGACAGAAAGCAGCUGACAUGGAUUUAGAGUGGCGCCAAGGGAGAGGAGCAAGAGUUAUCCUGCAAGACGAAGAUGUCACCACCAAGAUUGAGAAUGACUGGAAGAGAUUGAAUAUGCUGACACAUUAUCAGGUGCCAGAUAGCUCAUUGGUGGCUCUUGUUCCAAAACAAGUUACAGCAUACAACGCAGUCAACAACUCCACCGUCUCCAGAACCUCAGCCAGCAAAUAUGAGAAUGUGAUCCGGUACACAGGCAGCCCUGACAGCCUACGUUCACGUACUCCAAUGAUUACUCCUGACCUUGAGAGUGGGGUCAAAGUGUGGCACCUGGUCAAAAACCAUGAACAUGGAGACCAAAAGGAAGGAGACAGAGGCAGCAAGAUGGUGUCUGAGAUUUAUCUGACACGGCUCCUAGCCACUAAGGGCACUUUACAGAAAUUUGUCGACGACCUCUUUGAGACAAUUUUCAGCACAGCCCACAGAGGGAGUGCCCUACCUCUCGCCAUCAAAUACAUGUUUGAUUUCUUAGACGAGCAGGCAGACAAACACUGCAUCCAUGACCCACAUGUGCGACACACCUGGAAAAGCAACUGCCUGCCAUUAAGAUUUUGGGUGAACGUGAUCAAGAACCCACAGUUCGUCUUCGACAUCCACAAAAGUAGCAUCACAGAUGCCUGCCUCUCUGUGGUGGCACAGACCUUCAUGGACUCCUGCUCGACAUCCGAGCACCGGCUCGGCAAAGACUCCCCCUCCAACAAGCUGCUCUACGCCAAGGACAUUCCCAGUUACAAGAAUUGGGUGGAACGGUACUACUUAGACAUAGGCAAAAUGCCUAUCAUCAGUGACCAGGAUAUGAAUGCCUAUCUAGCUGAACAGUCCAGAAUGCACAUGAAUGAGUUUAACACAAUGAGCUCGCUUAGUGAGAUCUACUCCUAUGUCGGCAAAUACAGUGAGGAGAUUGUGACUGCACUAGAACAGGACGAUGCAGCGAGAAAACAGAGACUGGCAUUCAAGCUUGAACAAGUGAUUACUUUCAUGAGUAUAGACAGCUGAAAACCACUGUCCCAGGAAGUGCUGGCAGAGUAGAAACCGAGCCGUGCCUGAAUGAAGACUGUCAUCUUUUUACCAUCACCAAGUUCCAUUUGGCUACAAGUUGUCACCAAAUUAUCUCUGCUUUGCGCUACUUGUGGAAAAAAAAUACCUGGGGAUGACUGAACUUUUUGGCUUCUGGUUGUGCAAUGAUAUUCAUUUAAUGAUUCACCAUGGAAAUACAUCACUAUGAAGACCUAUGAACAACAACAACAACUUGUAGAUGUAAAAUUGCUGUGCUUCCUUACAUGGAGAGCUUACUCUAGUCUGAUGUAUUGAUAUUAAUCUUGGUAUAUUUUAAGUGCUGCUAGAACAGUCGGGUAGAGCAGUUUGGGGACCAUUGUUGUCAUCAUCAAUUUUAUAUUUAAAUACAAAAGGUAUCGAAAAUUGUUAAUGUGAAUUAAUAUACAGCUCGCAGAAAAUAUCUUCCGUUUUUUUUUUUUAUUAAAUGCUGUGAAAUGUUUAAUGAUUUAAAAAAAAAACUGAAAGGGUAAACGCCACUGACAAACGUGGAUAUAACUAUUGUACAUUUCCUUCCCUGUCUCACAUUUGAAAAAAAUCUAAAAUGUAAGAUGAUAUGAACAUACUUAGGUGAUAGUGGAGCAUUUUGUUUUUAGUUGGCAUCUAAUGUCUUGUGGCAAAAGUCCUAAUGUUAAUUCUCAGAGCAACUACUGUAUGUUCACCACUAUUACAAGUUACACAUGUUAAUCAGAUUCAUGAAUAGAUACAGUAUGAAGCAUUGUGAAUGCAGUUUACAAACUAUUUUUUUCUGCAAAAAUGCACUUUUAUGAAAGAGAGAAAUUCCAACAUAAAAAGGCUUAAUUUCACAUCUUGAAUAUAUAGAGAAUCUCUGUGAAGCUACAAAUGCUUGGAAUUUUAAAGUACGCUCGGUUCCAUUUUAAUAUUCUAAAACUACACUUUAAUUGAAUGUACAGUAAGGCUGAUGAUGGUAACAAUGCUUGUGUAUUUCUCCACUGCUGAAGUGUUUAGGAGGAUCUGUGCACAAUAUCCCUCUGUAAAGAGAAAUUGAUUAGAUAUACCCAGUUGUAAAAUAGUCCAUAAUUAAGUGGCAGUGACUUUUUAUUUGAAAUGCCUGGUCUGGGACAAGGACAGUUUUAAAUAAAUGAGCUGUACAAAAAAGAUUGAAAGCUAAUGUUCACAGCAAAUGCCGAUUUUACAUAAUGUCUCUAGACUGCAGAACUGGGAAUUCUAAACUGCCACUUACAGUAAUGCACAGCUGUUUACCUAAUGGAUACAAACAUGUUUUGGACAUUUUAACUGCAUUUUAUAUCACUGGAUGUCCAGUGAUGAAUUUAGUGGAAUGAAUGGACAAUGCUGGCCAGCAAAAAAACCAAAGGAGUCAGAUUUAAAAAACAAAAAGUGCCACAUUGAACAAAAUAAUACAAAAAUGCUAUUUUAUUUAUAGCCUCAGUGUGUCAAAAAUCUGUGGGCAAGCUGGCUUUUAUUCCUGUCCGUUUUCUUUUAGCACACUGUAAAUGUUGCUGAAUACAAUUACCAUUUUGCACAGCAAUAGACGAACAAGAAACCUUUGAAAGAAAGUUCACUUCGUCUUUUGAAGGUACAGCAUUUUUACUUUGAGAUAAAACAAGUUCUCAAAGAGUUUUUGAAAAAAAAAAAAGUUUGGAACAUUGUCAAAAGACAACAAAGCAGCCCUCCCUCCCUUCUACCUUCAAGCUUUCUUUUGUCUUGAAACGUGCCAGACUUGUGAUGUGAAUGUGUGGAUGCCUCUGUAGGCCCAGGUUGGGUCUUUGGCUUUUUAAGCGCAUGUACUACAAUUAAAGAAACAAAAGCCUUGCAAUGAUGUGGAUGUGUUUUUUUAAUUUGCUUGGAAGCAUAAGCCUGAGUGGUUUGUCAUGUUACUAUAAUACUCUCAGUUAAGGUGGAACCUUUAUCCAGUACUCCAUAAAAAACAUUCCAAAUUGUGUAAAGUGUUAGGUGCUAAUGGGACCUUAACUAUCAAUAUCGUGCAUGGUGAUUUUAUAAUCUGGGUGUUAUGAAAUGGAACUGCCUUGAAAUCACAAUAUUUACUCUACCUAUACCAGGUGCAAGUGGAGGUUGUAUUCAACCAAACAGUUUCUCUUGUACUGUAUUAGGUUUAGGUUUAACCCCCUCAAAGAUAUAUCUUCAAGAGUGGGUGUCCCUUUCUAUGAAUAAACUGCUGCCACUAAUACAGUAGUUUACAUGGACCCUUGUGGAGCAAGGGAAUAAUGCCACCAAAGCGGGUGGCAAACAUCCUCAGUAAUUUGGUAUUGUGCCUUUUUAAUAUAAUAUGGAAUUAGAUUGUUUUUUUUGCCAUCAUAUCCACACCUAACAAGUGCAUAUAUAUAUAUGGUGAUUGUUUUCCCCAAAGACCUCUAUUUAAUUUUAUGAGGAAAUCACGCAAGCAAGCAAGUGCUUUUUAGAAUAAGCGUAUGAAAACCUGCCUCCAAAAUUCUGGAAACAACUGAUCAUCCAAUGCAGAUUUUAUUUCGAGCCAUACUUCUUUUCUUCACUGUAUCUGACACUUAUUACUUUGGUGCAGAACCUGGUAUAUUGUAUCAUUUACAUUCUUUAAAUUAAAAUAAUGUUAUGGUGUUUAAAAGGCUGGAUUUCCUUCUCUAAUGAUAGAAAAAGAGUGGCAAGUCAAACAGUAGCAGCUCCUGUCAGUUUUAUCUUUACUGACAUCCAUAAAGCACUUUCCUCAUUGAGGAAAGAGAGGGCUGAGGGCAUAACAUGCAAAGGGAAAACUGACCUUUAAUACCAUCCAUGUCUUUCUUUUGGGGGGGUGGGGGGUAUUUGCUUGUAAAAUGUUUGGUUGUCAGUUUUUUAGUUUAUCGCCAUUAUUUCAAAACAGACAACUCAAAUAUUCAUUAGGGUUCCUUUUUAAUAUAUUACUGUUCAGUGUUGUCAUAUUCUUGCAGGACAGUAUAAGUGUUUUAUGUUUCUGUACAAAAAUAAAUGUGGUACAGAUGAUGUGAAAUCUUUUCAAACUCCCGAUAAAGAUUCCACCUUAAAUGUUUUGUAUGGAAAUGUCCUUAGAGCUCAGUGUUAUUGACGAUGUCAAAAGAAAUGUUAGAAAAGACUUUUAAUAUCAUGAUAUUUGAUGACAAAUUAAAUAUCCUGUUUGGGGGGAAAAAAGAAACUUGGUAAAGGCAAACUUCUCUAACUUUGUUAUAAUUAAUUGUAUACCUGUGUAUGUAAAUACAAUGCAUUCCUAUUUUGCGGUCCAGAACAAAAAUACUAUUUGUAAUAUAGAAUAAACUUUAUUAUGAAACCAAA